GGCAUUACUCCAUUCUCCUAUACUUUGCUGUUAUCGAUAGCUCGCAAUAAGAUCAUUAUAAGUCGAGCGACAACAAACAGCGAGUUCAUUUUAGCUUCAAACAGUGACGAUGGCGACAGACUGCCCUUUGAGUCCUCGUACCCCCAAGGUGCCUUCUUCCCUUUUCAAGGAGAACCAAAAACGGUUGGCGAGUCAGCUGAAAAGUGGACAAAUAGUAGUGUUGCAAGGCGGUGAAGAUAUUCCCUAUUACAAUACCGAUGUCGAAUACUUGUUUCGACAAGAAGGGUACUUCACAUGGAUAUGUGGUGUCCGUUUGCCAGGGUACUACUUUGCACUGGAUGUCAGUACAGGGAAGGCCCACUUGUUUGUGCCCUACAUAUCCGAGGAGAAUCAGAUGUGGAUGGGCAAACCGCCGACCUUCGACGAUUUCAGGAAGAACAAUGGAGUUGAUGAAGUACAUUAUGUAAAAGAGCUCUGUAAAGUACUCCAACACCUGAAACCUGAAGUCCUAUUAUUAUUGAUGGGAAUAAACUCAGACAGUAAGGUGACUACUAAAGAAACAUAUUUUGAAGGGAUUAAGAAGUUCAAAGUGGAUAGUGAAAUUUUAUUCCCCAUUAUCACAGAGCUUCGCGUCUUUAAAACCCCUGAGGAAAUCACACUACUACGUUAUGUGUGCAAAGUAUCAUCUGACGCACACAAACAGGUGAUGCUUUACACUAAACCAGGCCUAAGAGAGUAUCAAUGCGAGUCGGUGUUCCUGGACUUCUGCUACCGCGAGGGCGGGUGCCGUUAUGUGGCCUACACGUGUGUCUGCUGCUCGGGCUCCAACGCCGCCAUUCUGCACUACGGAGACGCUGGCCAUCCCAACUCGAAGUGUAUUGAAAACGGAGAUAUGUGUUUAUUCGACAUGGGUGGCAGUUACGCAGGGUACGCGGCAGAUAUCACGUGCUCGUUCCCAGCCAACGGCAAGUUUACAGACGAUCAACGCCUGGUCUAUGAGGCCGUGUUGGCUGCCAGAGACGUUGUGAUGAGGGAAGCCAAACCCGGCGUGAUGUGGCUCGACAUGCACUUGAAAGCUAACCGUGUGAUGCUCGAACAUUUGACGAAGGGAAAUAUGCUUGUUGGCGAUGUUGAAAAAAUGAUGGAGGCGGGCAUAAAUUGUAUCCUGCAACCGCACGGCCUCGGCCAUUUGAUCGGCCUGGACGUGCACGACGUAGGCGGCUAUCUGCCGCACUGCCCGCCCCGCCCCAAACCUCCCCUCAACCGUCUGCGUACCGCAAGGAUGCUGCAAGCUGGCAUGAUGAUAACUAUCGAGCCGGGAUGUUAUUUUAUUAAACCCCUUUUGGAACGCGCCUUGGCUAAUCCUGACCAGAAGGAUUUCUUUAAUGAUGCUAUGAUAAGACGUUUCUUCGAGUUCGGCGGUGUGCGCAUUGAAGAUGACGUC